AUGAUAGAUUAUUUAAUCGAACAAAAUAUACAUGAAAUUAAUGAUAAUGAUAUAGAAAUUGGUCUAUCAAAAUUACCAUGUUAUAUUUGUUCAUUAUAUAUUGAAAAAUUAAAUGAAAAAUUUCAUCGAAACUUCUGUGUUGGUUCAUUGACAACACAUGGCAAGAUUUAUGGAAAAUGGACAUUUAGAAAUAAUGAAGAUAUUAUAAUAAAAAACUAUAUUAAUGAUCAUCUAUAUGAAUUAAUUUAA